AUGGAUUCUGUUCUAUGUAACAUCAUGCAGGCUGCGGACAUGGUGCUUUUCAAGCUCGAAGCCUUGGAUGUGUGCCUUGCUGUUAUUGCUGAGGUCACUGCUGCAGAUGGACUAUCCGUAAACCAAGCCAAGGCUGAAAUUCUCAGCCGAUUAUGGAUGUACAUCGAUGGAAACAAGGAAACCUUACUGAUCCAUGAACGAAACAUCACUAUUUUGAGUCGUGUCAAUGAUUAUCUCAGAAAAUCCCUGCAUUACAUUGAACUCGUCCUGCACACUUUAGAGGGCAUGCAAAGCGGCACCGAGGAAACCUGA